UUUUUUUUUUUUUUGGCCAGCGUCUAUAAGCGACGCACGCAUACACAGCACAUACAAAUACACACAUACACGCACGCAAGGAGAUUGUGUUGCCUUUUUUCCCUCUUGGAGGAAAAAAAAAGGGAGAGUAAAAGAGAGGGCAAAAGAGAAGAACUCAUCUGACCGAGAGAGGAUUUUCAUUUCGCAGCUGCUGCAUUCGGACUGAGCUCUUUCCUCUCCUCUCCUCCGUCUUGUCCCCCCUCCUUCUCCCUUUCUCUCUGUGUGUUUGUGUAUAUGUAUGUGUAUGUAUGCACACACUAAGGGCAUUGCGAGACUUUUAGACACCAGAUCUGAAAAAUACCGCCUCCGCCGCAGCGACAGGAAGAAGGGGAAAAAAAUCACCACCAUCAUCACCAUCACCAUCAUCACCAACAAAUAAACGAUCCAGAGGGAGAAGAGGAAGAGAGGCAGAGUGAGAAAGAGGGUCGCUCGUUGAUGUGAUCCUUUUUUUUUUCUUUCUUAAAGACAACUUUGGCUGCGUGACGCGUCAAGGGAGCUGCAAGGGCUAAGAGGACAGGGUGCCCGGCGCCUCCCUAUAAAGCGGAGCCCAGCGAGUCACGACUCGGCAGCAGCACUGGCUGCCUCGAGGAGAAACUGUGUUUUCUUUUGCUGGGAGGGCGCUCAGGUGUGUGUUCUGGGGACCCGCUACAGCACAGAGACGGUGCUGGAACAUUUUAUGCCUUCUUUCUUUUCCAAGUUGAAUUAAGCCCUCUCACCUCACCUUGGUGACUUCGGACUAAAAUAAUUUUUUUCUUUUUCUUUAUUUUUUUAAUUUAAUUUUUUGUUUUGUUUUUAAACGAGGACUGCAGGGGUGGCAAAUCCUAAGAGAAAUGAAGAGAAAGCUGCAGAUUUUGUUUUGCUUUGAGGGAUCUAGUUGGAUGUGACCCCUGUUGCUUGCCCUCUUCUUCUCGCCUUACCUCCCCCUCCAGUCCCGGGGCUGCUCCGGCCGCUGCUUCCCCUCCCUGAAGCCCCAGCCCGGUUCUCUUUUCGCCUCCCUUCCCCCCUUUCCCCGUGAUCUGUUGCCUUCCCUCCAUCUCACCCCCUCCCCCUUCCCCUCCCCGCCCCGGGUUCCUCCCGUGCGCGCUUUCCUUCGCUUCGCUUCUCCCCACGUCCUCCUCCCCUUCCUCCCCAAGCAAAGAACUGCCGCCGAGGCUACAUACUCCCUACCCCCAACCCUAAGCAGCCUUCCCCUUCCCCCACCCCCCCCCAAACCCCAGACCUCCACUCCAGGCUCUUAGCAGUCAGCGAGGGGAAGAGGACCAGAGCUUUGGGGGGCGGGGGAGGGCGCGCGUUGUAUCCCUGGCUCCCUUUCUGCGCCCUCCUUGCGCACCAUGGACGGGCUGCCCGGGAGGGCGCUGGGAGCCGCCUGUCUUCUGCUCCUGGUAGCUGGCUGGCUGGGUCCAGAGGCCUGGGGCUCGCCGACACCUCUGCCUUCCCCUGCCGCCCCACCGGGAGCUGAGGGCGCCCCCCCAGACACUUGCACGUCGUGUGGCUUCAGGCGCCCAGAGGAGCCGGGCAAAGUGGACGGCGACUUCUUGGAGGCUGUGAAGCGGCAUAUUCUCAGUCGGCUGCAGAUGCGGGGACGCCCCAACAUCACCCACGCGGUGCCCAAGGCCGCCAUGGUGACCGCCCUGCGCAAGCUGCAUGCGGGAAAGGUGCGGGAAGACGGCCGAAUGGAGAUCCCGCACCUCGACGGGCAUGCCAGCUCGGGCUCAGAUGGCCAGGAACAGGUGUCAGAGAUCAUCAGCUUCGCGGAGACAGAUGACCUUGCCUCCUCCAGGGUCCGCCUGUAUUUCUUUAUCUCCAACGAAGGCAACCAGAAUCUGUUUGUGGUGCAAGCCAGCCUGUGGUUAUACUUGAAAUUGCUCCCUUAUGUCCUUGAGAAAGGCAACCGGCGGAAAGUCCGGGUCAAAGUGUACUUCCAGGACCUGGACCACAACGACAAGUGGAAUGUGGUGGAGAAGAAGGUAGACCUCAAGAGGAGUGGCUGGCACACUUUCCCCCUGACCGAGGCGAUUCAGGCCCUGUUUGAGAAAGGGGAGAGGAGGCUCAACCUGGAGCUGCAGUGUGAGGGCUGCGAAGAGCUUGCUGUGGUCCCUGUCUUUGUGGACCCUGGGGAAGAAUCUCACCGACCCUUCUUGGUAGUGCAGGCCAGACUGGCGGACAACAAGCACCGGAUCCGAAAAAGGGGGCUGGAGUGUGACGGCAGGACCAAUCUCUGUUGCAGGCAACAGUUUUUUAUUGACUUCCGACUCAUUGGGUGGAAUGACUGGAUCAUUGCGCCCACGGGUUACUAUGGGAAUUACUGUGAAGGGAGCUGCCCGGCCUACUUGGCCGGAGUCCCAGGGUCAGCUUCCUCUUUUCACACCGCUGUGGUGAAUCAGUACCGAAUGCGAGGGCUGAACCCAGGGACCGUGAACUCCUGUUGCAUUCCAACCAAACUCAGCACAAUGUCAAUGCUGUACUUUGACGAUGAAUACAACAUUGUGAAGAGGGACGUUCCCAAUAUGAUUGUGGAAGAAUGUGGCUGUGCUUGAUUUAAGGGGUGGGGAAGCUGGGGUGGGGGGAGAACAUUCCCAGACUAGAUCCUUGCAGACGUCGGCGUUGACAAAAGUCACUGUGGAGAGUUGGGUCUGGCCGUUUCACUGGGGUGCAAAGAUGGUGCCGGCUUGUGAAUCUUGGACAUUUAAAUUUUGCCAUUGCUUGAAAAAAAAAAGAGAACCCAUGAAUGAAAUGAAAUACCUUAGAAUGCAUAUGUACACAUACACACACACACAUAUACACGCAGCCACACACACAGCCACCCACUGAGCAGCUUCCAGAAUACUAGCAAAUGGAUACAGUGACAAAUGGCAACCUAUCUAAAAACGCCUGUCAGUCCGAGCGAAUGGGUAAGCAGCCGUUAUUCCCACCAGCUGUCCAAGCUGAACUGAAAUGAGUUCUCCAUGCUCACAUAAAAGCACAAAGAGAGAGCGCUCGAGGACGAUGGGGAGAGAGGGAAUGAGGUGGGGGUUGGGGGGGGGUGCAGUAGGAGCUACGUUUCCUUAUGUGUUUCUGUAAAGAGUGACUGUCACCUUUUAAGGCUCUACCUGCUGCUGAAGGUGAUGGCUUCUUCUCUCGGUUCAGGCUCAGUGAUGUUGAGAAUCACAGAUAUACGUCUCUUCCUGCAGCCCUUCCAGAAAAGGAGAGGGAGGCUCCGAGAGAAUACAGUCAGACAGAGACAGUAAUGCAGAGGCAAAAACAGUGUGACUUUGCACUGUACCCUGACUUGUCACCCAAAUGAGAUUGUGGGAAGGGGGUGGAGAGAGGGCUGGGGGUGGGGGUGGGGAGACACAUUAUUUGAUGCUUUAACUGAUCACAGAAGGAGUUCAUAGAUCAAUAUGCCAGUUGUGUAAACUGAAAAGGGACUUUUUCUCCCCGGUCUAACCUUCAGUUAAAAA